AUAUAUGGACCCUGGUCAACAGUAGAGCCCUAUACAUGGACCCUGGUCAACAGUAGAGCCCUAUACAUGGACCCUGGUCAACAGUAGAGCCCUAUACAUGGACCCUGGUCAACAGUAGAGCCCUAUAUAUGGACCCUGGUCAACAGUAGAGCCCUAUACAUGGACCCUGGUCAACAGUAGAGCCCUAUAUAUGGACCCUGGUCAACAGUAGAGCCCUAUAUAUGGACCCUGGUCAACAGUAGAGCCCUAUAUAUGGACCCUGGUCAACAGUAGAGCCCUAUAUAUGAACCCUGGUCAACAGUAGAGCCCUAUAUAUGGACCCUGGUCAACAGUAGAGCCCUAUAUAUGGACCCUGGUCAACAGUAGAGCCCUAUAUAUGAACCCUGGUAAACAGUAGAGCCCUAUAUAUGGACCCUGGUCAAUAGUAGAGCCCUAUAUAUGGACCCUGGUCAACAGUAGAGCCCUAUAUAUGGACCCGGGUCAACAGUAGAGCCCUAUAUAUGGACCCGGGUCAACAGUAGAGCCCUAUAUAUGGACCCUGGUCAACAGUAGAGCCCUAUAUAUGAACCCUGGUCAACAGUAGAGCCCUAUAUAUGGACCCUGGUCAAUAGUAGAGCCCUAUAUAUGGACCCUGGUCAACAGUAGAGCCCUAUAUAUGGACCCUGGUCAACAGUAGAGCCCUAUAUAUGGACCCUGGUCAACAGUAGAGCCCUAUAUAUGGACCCUGGUCAACAGUAGAGCCCUAUAUAUGAACCCUGGUAAACAGUAGAGCCCUAUAUAUGGACCCUGGUCAAUAGUAGAGCCCUAUAUAUGGACCCUGGUCAACAGUAGAGCCCUAUAUAUGGACCCGGGUCAACAGUAGAGCCCUAUAUAUGGACCCGGGUCAACAGUAGAGCCCUAUAUAUGGACCCUGGUCAACAGUAGAGCCCUAUAUAUGAACCCUGGUCAACAGUAGAGCCCUAUAUAUGGGAAAUGGGAAAUAUAAUACUGUCGCAACAGCACACAUUUAACACCAUGCAAGCCUUGAAGUUGUUGACAUUCUUUCUGCAUUUAAUACUGCCAUUCUGGGUUUAGCAAUGAAUGGACUCCCAAAUCAAACAAGCCAAUAGGAUCAUACGAUUUAACCAGGUCCAGUCCCUCGCUAAAUCCAAAUGUUCUUUUCUAAACCAACCUGGAUCUGGUUAACAGAAGGGUUCGUGUGACAAAAACAGACAUGACAUCAUAUCAGUGAUUUCGAUCAAUCACAGACUGAUUACUGGAGACAUACUGAACACACAGUACCUUCUUCUGCAAACACAUACUUUUUCAUCACCAAACAUGACAGUGUGUGUGGGGGUUAGGGUUGGGGGGUGGGGGUUCACGUUUGCUUAUUUGGCAUAGGGGGUGGGGGUUCAUGUUUGCUUAUUUGGCAUAUACACAGGAUAUACAGCAUGUUGAGCACUGUUGAAGGAAAUUAUAGAUGAAAUAAUUAAUAAUGUAUACAUUUCAAUUAAAACCAUUCAUUCUGAUACUAUUAUGUUAUGAUAUGAAAUGUAUGGGCUCUUGGUUAAGCUGUUACUGAAAAUGUGAGUAAAAACAAAUUGAUUGUCUGUACCUUGCGAGUUUAAGGGGGAGAGAUGAGAUAGCUUUUCAGACAGAUAAGAAUGUUUGGGUUGUGUUCCAUUAGUGGAGAAAAGUAUAUAUUUUAGACAGGUUGGAAUGUAGUUUUAUGAGGGGAGUAGAAGAUCUCCAGACCUGAAUACUACGCUAUUGAGGAUGGGAGAGAGUGUGAAACUGAUGACGUCAUUUUAUGUUCUCUCUUUAAAAUGUAAUGUUCUUUGUAUUUUGGGUCAGUACUCAUCAAGAAUAAAUGCUGAACUUGUUUUUAAGACUGGUCUCUUGCUAAUUCAUGCAAAUGAUAAACUUACAACUUAUCAUGAAAUAGAUAAGAGUGUGAAUUUGGUUUUGGCUGCAAAACACACAGGAAUUUAGAAAUUCAAGCACACAGUGCAAUGAAAUGUUUACUUGCAGGUUCACCUCUCAACAAUAGGAAAGUAAUUAAGUGAAUAAAGGGUAAUAAAAAACAACAAAGCUCAGUGUGUGUGCCAAUAACAAAAAGGAGACCAACUGAAUAACAGAGGAGUCUCAACUCCAUUGAAACAACUUUUUAGUCCAGGCAAAGUAAGCUUCCUAUGUCUGGGGAAACUCCAUAACACCAUUUUAUCCAGGUCCCCAUUUUAUCCAGUUCCCCUUCAAGGUCCCCAUUUUAUCCAGUUCCCCUUCAAGGUCCCCAUUUUAUCCAGGUCCCCAUUUUAUCCAGUUCCCCUUCAAGGUCCCCAUUUUAUCCAGGUCCCCAUUUUAUCCAGGUCCCCAUUUUAUCCAGGUCCCCAUUUUAUCCAGGUCCCCAUUUUAUCCAGUUCCCCUUCAAGGUCCCCAUUUUAUCCAGUUCCCCUUCAAUGUCCCCAUUUUAUCCAGUUCCCCUUCAAGGUCCCCAUUUUAUCCAGGUCCCCUUCAAGGUCCCCAUUUUAUCCAGGUCCCCAUUUUAUCCAGGUCCCCUUCAAGGUCCCCAUUUUAUCCAGGUCCCCUUCAAGGUCCCCAUUUUAUCCAGGUCCCCAUUUUAUCCAGGUCCCCUUCAAGGUCCCCAUUUUAUCAAGGUCCCCAUUUUAUCCAGGUCCCCAUUUUAUCCAGGUCCCCAUUUUAUCCAGGUCCCCAUUUUAUCCAGUUCCCCUUCAAGGUCCCCAUUUUAUCCAGGUCCCCAUUUUAUCCAGUUCCCCUUCAAGGUCCCCAUUUUAUCCAGUUCCCCUUCAAGGUCCCCAUUUUAUCCAGGUCCCCAUUUUAUCCAGGUCCCCAUUUUAUCCAGGUCCCCUUCAAGGUCCCCAUUUUAUCCAGGUCCCCUUCAAGGUCCCCAUUUUAUCCAGGUCCCCAUUUUAUCAAGGUCCCCAUUUUAUCCAGGUCCCCUUCAAGGUCCCCAUUUUAUCCAGGUCCCCAUUUUAUCCAGGUCCCCUUCAAGGUCCCCAUUUUAUCCAGGUCCCCUUCAAGGUCCCCAUUUUAUCCAGGUCCCCAUUUUAUCAAGGUCCCCAUUUUAUCCAGGUCCCCUUCAAGGUCCCCAUUUUAUCCAGGUCCCCAUUUUAUCCAGGUCCCCAUUUUAUCCAGGUCCCCAUUUUAUCCAGGUCCCCAUUUUAUCCAGGUCCCCAUUUUAUCCAGGUCCCCAUUUUAUCCAGGUCCCCUUCAAGGUCCCCAUUUUAUCAAGGUCCCCAUUUUAUCAAGGUCCCCAUUUUAUCCAGGUCCCCAUUUUAUCCAGGUCCCCUUCAAGGUCCCCAUUUUAUCCAGGUCCCCAUUUUAUCCAGGUCCCCAUGCAACAUCUCCAGUUCACACAGAUAGCAGGCCUGUGACUAUGUUUCUGUUCAGCCUCUCAGUAAUACUCCAUGUAAGACAUUUGCUUCUGCUUUCACCCAGAUUCCAAACUGAAACGCAAGGCAGCCAGCCGUCAGUCAGGCCACAAUGGAGACACACACACACACGUCCCAGACCUGCUGUUUUCAACUCUCUAGAGAGAGCAGGAGAGGUAGAGAUACUCUCAAUGAUCGGCUAUGAAAAGCCAACUGACAUUUACUCCUGAGGUGCUGACCUGUUGCACCCUCGACAACUACUGUGAUUAUUAUUAUUUGACCCUGUUGGUCAUUUAUGAACAUUUGAACAUCUUGGCCAUGUUCUGUUAUAAUCUCCACCCGGCACAGCCAGAAGAGGACCAGCCACCCCUCAUAGCCUGGUUUCUUCCUAGGUUUUGGCCUUUCUAGGGAGUUUUUCCGAGCCACCGUGCUUCUACACCUGCAUUGCUUGCUGUUUGGGGUUUUAGGCUGUGUUUCUGUACAGCACUUUGUGACAUCAGUUGAUGUAAAAAGGGCUUUAUAAAUACAUUUGAUUGAUUGAUGGUUUAAGAAAUGUUUUUCAACAGAAUCGGCGGAAUGAAUACACCCCUGAUCACGCAUAAAACACAGUUCACUUUCAUAGCAGCCAUGUUGUAUUCAUUCUAACCUCUAUGCACUCUCCUCCUCUCACCUUUUCCCUUCGUUUGUGGACUUCAAAUGAGCAACACAUCAGCGGUAUGUGACCAGGCAAAAAAAAUCUUUACAAGCCAAACCGCUACACACAGCCCAGAUCGUUGUCCCCAUAUUAGCUAAAGUAACGUCCUAGUCAACAUAGCUAAUAGAACUAAUGCGUUAGUAAACCAGCUACAAUCAUGCAGUAACGUUACUGUGUGCAGUCAGUAAGCUGUUUAUUAGCUACACCGUUUAUUAUUGCCCCGGUGGCAAUGAAUUAAUAAAACCAAAAGCUUACCUUGAUUUGAUAUAUUAUUAUAUAUUAUUUGGAAGAGUUCCAGUGUUGGAUAGCCAUAGCCAGCUAACUAACAUAGCAUCCCUCUCUGUUGGAUAGCCAUAGCCAGCUAACUAACAUAGCAUCCCUCUCUGUUGGAUAUCCAUAGCCAGCUAGCUAACAUAGCAUCCCUCUCUGUUGGAUAGCCAUAGCCAGCUAACUAACAUAGCAUCCCUCUCUGUUGGAUAGCCAUAGCCAGCUAGCUAACAUAGCAUCCCUCUCUGUUGGAUAGCCAUAGCCAGCUAACUAACAUAGCAUCCCUCUCUGUUGGAUAGCCAUAGCCAGCUAGCUAACAUAGCAUCCCUCUCUGUUGGAUAGCCAUAGC